UACCGUAAGAGAUUGUUCCCAUCCUCACAAAUCCUCACCAGCCAUAACCCUCGCCCAGAAAACCCGCCUCCCUGUAUUAAUUUUGUUUCGUCUAAAAAGCCCCCACUUUCGGCUCUUUCAAAAGUGGAGGCUUCUCUCUCCCGUGGUCCUGGCUCAGGUUCACAAUCUUUAUAUUUCAGCUACUCAGACUUCUGAAUUAUUAUGCAAGAAGUAUUUUUUUUUUUCCCUGAAAAGCAUCACCCUUUACUCGUCCAGUUUUAUUUGAUUACUGUUUGAUACAGUCGUGGCCUGAAACUGUAUAUUGAUCGUUAUUGUUUUAUCCCCAUUUGUUUUAUCCUUUCGUUUUAGUUGAUUCCAUAAUAAACCUAUUUUUCUUUUGGUAAUUGAAUGAAGUUAAACUUAUGCUUCUGAUGCGAUUUAUUGCUCAAAGUUGGCAAUUUUCUUGACCCAUUUUCAUAUACUUUUGAUUGUGUCUCUCAUGUUUAUCUGGGUUUUAGUUCUGGGCUUCGAAACAGAAGUGCACUGUUACUUGUGAGAUUCUAUUGAGGUAUACCUUCUUGGGUUUUGGGUAUUAGAGUUGUGAAUGUUUCUUACGAUCUAGAUGGUCAUGGAUAAAUCUUCGAGAGGACUCAAUGGCUCUACCAAAGGAUUAAAAGCAGGUGAUCAGACGUUUUUGGAGUCAUGUAAUCAGAAUCUUAUCAGUAGGUUCGAAAUGGAUAAUACCCUUGUUGAUCGAAAUCAUACAUGUAUUCCUCCGCUGCCACCUGAUCCAACACCUAGUAAUUUGGAAUCGACUUCAAGCGUGAACUCUGGGGGAGAUUUGCAUGAGGAAUGUGAUUUUAGUGAUGUAGCUUUGAGGUACAUAAACCAGAUGCUCAUGGAAGAGGAUAUGGAAGAGAAGGCCUGCAUGUUUCAGGAGGCGCUGCAAGCCACCGAGAAAUCGUUGUACGAGGUCCUUGGGGAGAAGUAUCCUCCGACACCCGAUCAUGGAUUGGCACCUUAUGUUGAUCAAAAACAUGAAACCCCGGAUGAAAGUCUUGAUUUAAAUAGAAAUGGUUUUGAAUUUAGUACUAGCAGUACUAGAGGUAAAAACGUAGCAGACACUCAGCGGAGUAGUUAUUUGGGUGAGCCCAAAUCAUCACAUAUUGUUUUGGAGCCUACCUCUGAAUCAUCCUGUAGCUCGUCUCACAGCACUAAUGUCGUAGAUGGGUUUGCGGAUUCCCCAGUCAGCACUCUUAUAGUGCCUGACAUAUUUUGUGAGACUGAUUCUGCUAUGCAAUUUAAAAGAGGAUUUGAGGAGGCAAGCAAGUUUCUUCCCAAUGGAAAUGGUCCGAUGGUUGGUUUGAAGAGUAAUGGUUUGUUUUUUAAGUCGAAGGAAGAUGCCAAGGAUGUGGUAGCUAAGGCAGAGGAGAAGCACAAGAGUCAGCACUUGGAUGGGAUGAGGGGAAAAAAGAAUCCUCAUCCCGUGGAUGUGAACUUCGAUGGAGGGAGGAGUAACAAGCAGUCCUCAGUGUAUUCUGAAUCAACUGUGACUCCGGAAAUGUUUGAUAUGGUUUUACUAAACGGUGGAAAGGGUGAAUCUAUGCUUUGCCAAGCUUUGCAAAACGGGGCAAGCAUGAAUGUGCGGCAAAAUGGUCGGUCCAAAGGGUCGAAUGGUGGAAGGGCCCGUGGAAAGAGGCAGGGAGGUAAAAGGGAUGUGGUGGAUUUGAGAACUCUCUUGACACUUUGUGCACAAGCUGUUGCAACCAAUGACCAGAGGAGCACUAAUGAGCUACUAAAGCAGAUCAGGCAGCAUUCUUCUCCUACUGGGGAUGGGAUGCAGAGGGUAGCCCACUAUUUUGCCAAUGGUCUUGAGGCACGCAUUGCUGGCUCAGGUACUCAGAUUUAUACUGCCCUGAUUACCAGGCCAACUUCAGCUGCUGAUGUUUUAAAAGCUUACCAUCUUUUUCUUGGUGCAUGUCCCUUUAGGAGGCUCUCAAAUUUCUUUUCAGAUAAGACAAUUAUGAAUUUAGCCGAGAAAGCAACAAGGCUCCAUAUAGUUGAUUUUGGUAUUCUUUAUGGUUUCCAAUGGCCUGGCCUCAUACAACGUCUCUCGUCAAGGCCUGGUGGACCUCCUAAGCUUCGAAUUACUGGGAUUGAUCUUCCCCAACCUGGUUUCAGACCUGCAGAAAGGGUCGAGGAGACGGGGUGCCGCCUAGCAAAAUAUGCAGAUACUUUCAAUGUUCGAUUCGAGUUCAAUGCAAUAGCUCAAAAGUGGGACACCAUCCAAAUUGAGGAUCUCAAACUUGGGAAUGACGAGGUGCUUGUUGUCAACUGUAUGUACAGAUUAAGAAACCUACUUGAUGAGACGGUGGUGGUAGAGAGUCCAAGACAUAUUGUUUUAAACCUGAUCAGGAAGAUGAAUCCAGAUGUUUUCUUACAAGGCAUUGAGAAUGGGGCCUUUAGUGCACCCUUCUUUAUCACAAGAUUCCGCGAGGCUCUCUUCCACUACUCUACUCUGUUUGAUAUGCUUGAGACUACUGUGCGUCGUGAGAUUGAGGAGAGGCUGCUAAUUGAGAGGGAAAUCUUUGGGCGAGAGGCAAUGAAUGUCAUUGCAUGUGAGGGCUCAGAGAGGAUUGAGAGGCCAGAGACAUAUAAGCAGUGGCAGGUGCGGAAUUUGAGGUGUGGGUUUAGGCCGCUCCCUUUGAACCGGGAGAUUGUGAACAUUGCAAAGGAUAGGGUCAAAAAGUCUUACCACAAGGAUUUUCUGAUUGAUGAAGAUGGUGAGUGGCUACUGCAGGGGUGGAAGGGACGAAUUACUUAUGCACUGUCUUCCUGGAGACCUGUUGGUUAGAUGCAUGAUCUUUAAUUAUUUUCAUUGAAGGUGAAGAUCAUAGGAUUCUUUGACUUGCUCCCGUGUACUAUGACAUCUUUUUCUCAUUUUUCUGAUGCCGGAAGUCGAGGUACUGAAAAUCACGGCUACGGCCUGCUUGUCAUCACGCUAUGAAAGACCUGUUCUCCAAUUGCAGGAUGAAGAAGCAUUCUUAUAAUUUCUAGAAGAACGACAAGUGCACCACUUACCUCACCUGCUCAUAGAAAUCUUGUAUCUCAAGCAUUUAGUUGACAAAAAUGCUUCAGCAAGGAAAUAGUUUUAAAAUACCAUAGUCAUGAACAGGGAUCAUGCUUAGGCCCUGCCGCCUAGCAGGUUUGUAGAAAUGUGGUGGAUUCUGAAGAACAUCUACGACAGAAGGAAGGAAGAAAUCUUCGUUGUUCUUGUUGUUUGAAGUUCUUGCCGGCACUGCUUGGCAUUGCCCAGUAACUGAUCAUCUACUUCAUAGGUCUGCAUUUGUAUCCAGACUUCAAUGGUAUUUCACUAUAUUGUUUCUAAUCUCGUUUGGUUUUCUCAUAGACAGUGUUUGUAUCAAUUCAAUGGCAAGUGCAUUGUUUUCA